GUGACAAAUACCUGUUGUGCCAUUCAUUUCACACCAAAAACACUUUUAGAAUGAUUCAUAUGUCUAUUGACACUGUAAUUAUACGUAAGAAAUGUUCGUUAGAAAUAGGAAAAUUAUGAGUAACCUACUCCAGCAAAGUCUGAAAGUAUUUAUUCUAGGCUAUGUGCCCGAGGGACUUCUCAAUUUGGUGUUCUCAACUGACUGAGAGUGUUUCAUCAAACUACAUACUCUGCAUAUUCUACGGAACCCGUAGACCUAUUCACGGAUCUGCUUACUUGUUUUAGAUGAAAAGCUAUUGAACCCUGGAAAUAGUAUGUCAUGCUUCAACGGAAAAUUCAUGCAGUUAAAAUAAAUAUAUUAGAGACACGGGAAGAAUGGAUCGGGCACAACGAAAGUCUUGUGUAGGCCUAUUUGCUUUACAAGGCGUGUGACACAUUGAAGUGAGUUUGACAUGGCGUGCUGGCAAUGGUGCCGUCGGACCUGCGUUUGUUUCCUGGACAAUGAAGAGAGGCAGACUAUUGCUAUUGACAAGGAGAUUCAGAGGAUUCUCCGAAAGCAGAAGAAGAGAGAACGCAAAGAAAUCAAAGUUCUUUUACUCGGCACGGGGGAGAGUGGGAAAACCACCUUCAUCAGACAGAUGAGGAUCAUCCAUGGAAGAGGCUUCUCUGAGGAGGAAAGACGGGACUUCACCAAGCUCAUCUACCAGAACAUCUUCACAGCUGUGAAGGCUAUGACCCGGGCCAUGAUCACCCUCAGACUGCCCUAUGCCUACCCAGAGAAUGAGAUGUAUGACAGGUGGGUGCAGGAUGUGGAUGUCUCUGUCACCCAGCUGGACAGAGGCAAUGUGGAUGCCAUCCGCCGUCUCUGGGCCGACCCAGGCCUCCGGGUCUGCUACAGCCGCCGCAGCGAGUACCAGCUGUUGGACUCCACAGAGUACUACAUGACAAAUCUGGACCGCAUAUCAGCCCCAGACUACAUCCCCACUGCUCAGGACGUACUGCGAGUUCGAUUCCCCACCACUGGCAUCCAUGACUACUCCUUCACUGUGGAGAAAAUCACACUCAGGAUUGUGGAUGUGGGUGGACAGAAGUCAGAGAGGCGGAAGUGGAUCCAUUGUUUUCAGGACGUCACAUCCCUCAUUUUCCUGGCUUCCCUCAGUGAGUACGACCAGGUCCUGGAGGAGAGAGAGACCGAUAACCGUAUGGAGGAGAGCUUGGCUCUGUUCUACACCACCAUCCACUCCCCCUGGUUCCUCAACACCUCCAUCAUCCUCUUCCUCAACAAGACAGACAUCCUCGCUGAUAAGAUCCAGGCGUCCGACCUGCAGAAGUACUUCCCAGGGUUCACAGGAAAGCGACGUGACGCUCAGGAUGCUAUGAAGUAUAUACAGAAGAUGUAUAAGCAGCAGACUCGCAGCCGGGACAAGGAGAAGAGCAAGACGCUGUACCCCCACUUCACCUGCGCCACCGACACCAACAACAUCUGCAAUGUAUUCAAUGCCGUCAAGGACACGGUGCUCCUCAAGGCCCUCAGGGACUAUGGGGUGAUCUGAUGGACCUGGGGGCCCUCCUGCCUGGGGAGCAACACUCAACCAACACUCAGGGCUGAAGAGACUCUCCCCCAAUCCAUUCCUCGCUCACUUUUCUCCUCUCUCCAUCUCAGCGCUGGGGAUGGGGAUGCUUUCUGGCUAGGAUCUAGGAUCUGAUCAUAGUUAUUUCCCCCUCUGGUUGUUAUUGUAUAAUGUUGUUUGUAAGGGCUUGGAGAUGCAGUGCCCUACCAGUGCUUGAAACUGGACUUGAGAUGUCAUGAAGUGCUGUGCCUCCAUUAUGUUAGUGAUGACUUUAGCAGGUGGAGAGGAGAACUCUAUAGCCCAUAUGCAUCACCAACACCCCCAUGUUGAUAGAAAAUGCCUCUGCUCUAGAGAUCACUACAGAAGCUUCCACUCUAUCUGUGUGUUGAAUGAACGCUACUGUACACGUGUUGCAGCCAUUACAUAACACAACACACCAUUUACACUAAUACGUUUACACUUGUGAGAAGGUGCCACCAAAUAAGGCUGGUGUAACAUUUUGUAUUUGGUUAGUCUUUUCAUUUGUUUUAUUGAUUGAUAGCUGUAUUCCAGGUGUGAGGUGUGGUGAAGGCGGGAAAUGUGAGAGUCGAUGGGUUCCCCUGACACAGUAUGUUAUGCAAUGCAAUGCUGUACUACACUGUUAGGAUUCUUGAUUUGGUUCAUUGUGGAUGUUCUUGUCUCUUCCCAUAAUGUGCUUGCUUUUCGACCAAUCACUAACUGCUAUACAUUGAGUUCAUAUGGGAACAACAAUACCAGUGAAUCAAUACAUUUCCCAACAAAUCAGAGUCCUUAAAGGGAUAAUUCAAUGUGUCAUUUUGUCAUUUGGGUGGUUUCCUUACCCUGUAGCAUUCUAUGUACAAGGUAUGACAGUAAUCCAUGCUUUGGUUUAGUUUCCCUGGCACUGUUUCCAAAUGCAAAUGUUUACCAUUUGUGGCACAAAUCCCAUUCAAGUCAUGGGACCGAUUAUUAGCAAUUUUUGGGCAUCAUGUUCAAAUCAUCUAUAAGUUACUUUGGUGAGCUUCACGAUACUUUAGGAUCAUUUGGACAUAAAUGAUCAAAUUGGUCCCAUGACAGAUUUGUGCUACAAAUGUUGGCAUUUGGAAAACGUGCAAGAGAAACUAAACCAAAGAAUGG